GAAAUGAAUGUGACAAUGUCACGAAUAGCAAAUUUUGCAACUUUUGCAAUAGUACUCAUUGGCCAUGUUUAUGGAAGAUUUCUUUUUGAUUCUGAAACCCUUGUAAAGGAAGCAAUUGAGAAAUAUAGCGGUGCGUGGGUAAAUGACCUUCUUAAAACAUCUGCAGGUUUUUCUACAUCAUUCGGUAUUUAUGUCGAUAAUGAUCAGCAUGUGCAAGAAGGAGAGAUAGAUGCCAGCAGUCAGCAGAGUGGAACUCAACAAAUAAAUGAACAACCGAGUGAAAUACAAAAUCAGUCUGAAAAUAACAAUGCAAUAAAUAUAAAUCUAGAUAUUGGUCUAGAAGGGCAUAUAAAUUCAAUUAAUCCAACGAAUCCAAAUCCAGAGAUGUAUCCAAAUGAACAAACGAAUACGAAUAAUGACUUUUAUCCGAACAAGCAAACGAAUCCAAAUGAUUAUAGUUAUUUGGACGAAAAUACAAAUUCAAAUAGCCACGAGUUUCAAAACCAACAGCUCAUUACAAAUGAGGAAGAGACACCAUAUGAAAAAUUUCCAAUAGCAGAUUAUGAUUCCCUUUAUCCCAAUAAACAAACUAAUCCAAACGAAGACGGGUAUAUAAACGAUAAAGAAAACCCAAACGAUUAUUUGAUAACAAAUGAAAAAACAAGCUUACAUGAUCAGAAUGGUCAGACUGAUCAGAAUGGUCAGCCUGAUCAGAAUGGUCAGAUAGUUCAGUAUGGUCUGCCUGAUCAGUAUGGUCAGCCUGAUCAGAAUGAUCAGCUUGAUCAGUAUGGUCAGCCUGAUCAGUAUGGUCAGCCUGAUCCGAACGGUCAGCCUAAUCAGUAUGGUCAGCCUGAUCAGAAUGGUCAGCCUAAUCAAUAUGACCAGCCUGAUCAGUAUGGUCAGCCUGAUCAGUAUGGUCAACCUGAUCAGAAUAGUCAGCCAGAUCAGAAUGGUCAGCCUAAUCAGUAUGGUCAGACAAAUCAGUAUGGUCAGCCUGGUCAGUAUGGUCAGCCAGAUCAGUAUGGUCAACCUAAUCAGAAUGGUCAGCCAGAUCAGUAUGGUCAACCAGAUCAGUAUGGUCAGCCUGAUCAGUAUGGUCAGCCUGAUCUGUAUGGUCAGCCUGAUCAGAACGGUCAGCCUAAUCAGAAUGGUCAGCCUGAUCAAAAUGGUCAGCCAUAUCAGAAUGGUCAGCCAGAUCAGUAUGGUCAGCUUGAUCAGUAUGAUCAGUCUAAUCAGAAUAGUGAGCCUGAUCAGAAUGGUCAGCCUGAUCAGUAUGGUCAGCCUGAUCAGAACGGUCAGCCUAAUCAAUACGGUCAGCCAGAUCAGUAUGGUCAGCCAAAUCACAUUGGUGAGCCUGAUCAGAAUGGUCAACCUGGUCAGUAUGGUCAGCCUGAUCAGAAUGGUCAGCCAUAUCAGUAUGGUCAGCCUGAUCAGUAUGGUCAGUCUCAUCAGAAUGGUCAGCCUGAUCAGAAUGGACAGCCUGAUCAGUGUGGUCAGCCUGAUCAUCAGCCCCAUCAGUAUGGUCAGUCUAAUCAGAAUUGUGAGCCUGAUCAGAAUGGUCAGCCUGAUCAGUAUGGUCAGCCUGAUCAGAACGGUCAGCCUAAUCAAUACGGUCAGCCUGAUCAGUAUGGUCAGCCUGAUCAGUCUAAUCAGCCCCAUCAGUAUGGUCAGCCAGAUCAGUAUGGUCAGCCAAAUCACAAUGGUGAGCCUGAUCAGAAUGGUCAGCCUGAUCAGUAUGGUCAACCUGGUCAGUAUGGUCAGCCUGAUCAAAAUGGUCAGCCUGAUCAGAAUGGUCAGCCAGAUCAGUAUGUUCAGCCUAAUCAGUAUGGUCAGCCUGAUCAGUACGGUCAGCCAGAUCAGUAUGGUGAGCCUAAUCAGAAUGGUCAGCCUAAUCAGAAUGGUAAGCCGGAUCAGAAUGGUCAGUAUGGUCAGCCUGAUCAGAAUGGUCAGCCAGAUCAGCAUGGUCAACCAGAUCAGUAUGGUCAGCCUGAUCAGAAUGGUCAGCCAAAUCAGUAUGGCCAGCCUGAUCAGUAUGAUCAGUAUGGUCAGCCAGAUCAGAAUGGUCAGCCAAAUGAGUAUGGUCAGCCUAAUCAGAAUGGUGAGCCUGACCAGAAUGGUAAGCCAGAUCAGUAUGGUCAGCCCGAUCAGCCUGAUCAGUAUAAUAAGGUUGGUCUAUAUGGUCAGCUUGGUGUGUAUGGUUACGCUGGUCAGUAUGGUCUGCCUGGGCAGUAUGGUCAGAAUGGUUUCCAAGAUCAGUAUGGUUAUUAUGGUCAGUAUGAUCAUUAUCGUCAGUAUGGUCAGCGUGGUGCCUGGCCAAAUGUUGUAUUUGGUCCAGAUGAUAUUUUCGGGCCAAAUGGUUCUUCAGGGCCAAAUGAUGACUUUGGUCGAAAUGGUAAAUUUGGCGUAAGAGGUGAUUUUGGUGCAAAUGGUAAAUUUGCCUUCAAUUGUGAUUUUGGUCCAAAAAUAUUUUAG